AUGGCUCAAAAGAGUAAAGUGUCUGCAACACAAGGAGCUCCUAGCCUCAAUUUGAAGGGGGUUUCCAACAUGUGGUGGCUCCCCGAUCAUGAUACGGAGCUUAUACCGUGUCUUGCGAAGCUUGCGGAUGCCGGAAUGAAGGUUGAUAAAAACUUCAAAGCUGAGGCUUACAAAAUAACAACUAUGAAGAUGAACAUGAAAUUCAAAACCAGCUACACCCACCUUCAUGUGAUUAAUCGCAUGAAAACUUGGAGAAACAAAUUCAAUGAUAUGAAGACUUGCAUCAAUAUAAGUGGUGCAGAGUGGGAUGAGGAUAACUGUAUGGAUAAAAGGAAUUCAAAGCUAAGAGGAUAUGUAAACAAGCCUCUUCCAUUCUACAAACAUUUACAGAAGAUCAUGGGUGAUGAUCAAGCUAGAGGUGAUUUUGUUAGGCCAGUUUAUGAUAAGAUUGGUACUAACAACGUCAUUCCUCUUGAUGAUGAUGAUAUGGACAUUCCACUUGAGAGUGAAGUUGAGCCAUGA